ACAACACAACUAUCUCGUCAGUUAUCUUCUGCCUACGAUCACUGGAGCAUCACCCCGGGAAAUCAGCAUGCACAAGUUACGAGACGUCCGUACUUUCUACGAUCCAGCGAGCCACAUUUGGCGGGGUCUACCGACUCCUUCGCUGUGGAAUCCGGAUCAAAGUCUUGGCCAGGCGGUUCUAGGAAUGCUUGAUCGUACCCGUAACAAGGUCGUUCAAAUAUCUGCGGACAGUGAAGUUGAGGUUACCGGAGGUGAGAUGUAUCUUCGGACUGUUCGAGUAGCUCAGAACCUGAUCAAGUUGGGAUACGGGACGCGGAGUCCGAAGAACGUCUUCGCGAUGAUCGUUCGCAACGGGGAACAUACGGCACCAGUUCUGUUUGCCUGCUUUGCGUUGGGAAUCCCCGUGAAUACCCUGGAUCCCACCUUUCAACGGGAUGAUCUUGCUCACAUGCUCGGAUCGGUGAAGCCCAAGUUGGUAUUUUGCGAAAGUGAAACCCUGGUUGAGAUGAUACCUGCUUGCGAGAUAGCAGGUAUCGCUCCCAAGGUCAUCGUAUUUGGAGACAAGGUCACCGGAUUCAGUCACGUUGAAGAUCUACUCGUACCAACUGGAGUUGAAAACACCUUCGUCCCCGUUCACCUCGACAACCCCUCAACGGAACUCGCCAUCCUGCUCUGCUCAUCCGGAACCACGGGUCGCUCCAAAGCGGUCUCCCUAUCCCACUCGAUCUGCAUCGCCCACGUGGCCAACUUCUUCGAGUGCCACGCCAGCGACAUCCUGUUCGCGUACAGCUCCCUCUACUGGCUGUCCGGCCUCGUAAUGGUCCUCGCCGGAACCCUCGCGGGUGCAACCCGCAUCAUAACCCGAGAUCCGUUCACCGUUCAACGCACGCUGGACCUCGUCCAGCGCUUCCGCGUAUCGGCACUGUUCAUCCCGCCGACACAAGCUUGGGCGAUCGUCAACGAUUCAGCGGUUACGGCGGACUCGUUCCGAUCGCUGCGACUGGCGUUCGCCGGAGGUAGCGUCGUUUCGGCGGGAUUGAAGCGAUCGUUUGAAGCGCGCUUCCCGGGUAAGAUCCUGGAGAUUGCGUACGGGUUCUCGGAGGUUGGUUACGCGGUGACGUUCACCCGGGAAGGGUUCUACCGGGAUGGGAGCGUUGGGUUUACGCGGCCUGGCGUUGAGAUCAAGAUCGUGGAUGAGGACAGCUGCGCGGUUGGGAUCGGACGGGACGGGGAGAUCCUGGUGAGGACGAAGCUGGUGUUUUUGGGGUAUUUUGGGAAUCGAGAAGCUACGGAAGAGAUGCUGGACGGUGACGGUUGGCUUCACACUGGGGAUAUUGGACGGUUCGACGAGGACGGGUUGAUGUACGUGGUAGAUCGCAAGAAGGACAUCAUCAAAUACGGGAACUACCAGAUAUCUCCGAGUGACGUGGAAGCUGUGGUGCAGGGUAUUGAAGGAGUAGCUGCGGUAUGCGUCGUGGGAAUCCCUCAGGAGAACGGGAAUGACUUGGUAACCGCGUUGGUAGUUCGCAGCUCUGAAACUCUUGGUAGCGAGUUGAUCGUUCAGGAAGUUGCGCAGAAACUUCCCGACUACAAACAUCUUCGAGGUGGAGUUUACUUUGCGGAUCAGCUACCAAUGACUCCGUCUGGCAAGGUCGUCCGACGACUAGCGAAAAAGAUUGUUUUGGAAAAAUGUUCUGAAUAAAAGAUCGUUCCAAAGUC